AAUUUUAAAUAAAAUAAAAUUUCACCUUAUUAAGGAUUUUGUUCUUGAAAAGAACACGAAGGAGGUGAAGAAGGGAGCAAGUGAGAAACGCCGCCAUGGCGCAUCGCUCACUUUUCCUCUCUCUCAGACGAAGUAGCGGUUUAGCUUGUGCACAGAACAGAACAAGAUUUGCGUCUUCGGGUGCUGUGAGCAGUGAUUUAGUUGAAGAGAGUGUGGAAGGUGAUGACCUAAGGAGCAGAAUCUUGAGGCUAAGGCUCCCCAAGCGAAGCGCCACAAACAUUCUUCAGAAAUGGGUCCUUCAAGGGAAUCCUGUUACGCUCUCUCAGCUUCGAGAUAUUUCCAAAGAGCUUCGAAGAUCUCAACGUUACAAACACGCUUUGGAGAUAUCAGAAUGGAUGGUUAGCCAUGAGCAAUACGAGUUAUCAGACUCUGAUUAUGCAGUGCGAAUAGAUUUGAUGACCAAAGUUUUUGGCAUUGAUGCUGCAGAGCGCUAUUUUGAGGGUCUACCUCCUGCGACAAAGACUACUGAAACUUACACAGCCCUCUUACAUUCUUAUGCGGGAGCAAAAUUGACUGACAAGGCUGAGGAACUUUUUCAAAGGAUUAAGGAUUCAAACCUCUGCUUUGAUGCCCUUACUUACAAUGAAAUGAUGACUCUUUACAUGUCAGUGGGACAGUUUGAAAAGGUCCCUAUGAUUGUUGAAGAACUGAAACAACAAAAGGUUUCCCCUGAUAUCUUUACCUAUAAUCUAUGGAUAAGUUCCUGUGCUGCCAUUCUUAAUAUUGAUGAGGUUAGGAGGAUUCUUGAUGAAAUGAGUCAUGGUGUUGGUUGUAAUGAAAGUUGGAUAAGGUAUUUGAACCUGGCCAAUAUUUAUAUUAGUGUAGGUCAUCUUGAUAAUGCAAGUUCCAACACACUAGUUGAGACUGAGAAAAGGAUCACCCAAGGGCAAUGGAUUACUUAUGACUUCUUAAUCAUUCUUUAUGGUGGGUUGGGAAGUAAGGAGAAACUUGAUCAGAUAUGGAACUCCUUGAGAAUGACCAAACAGAAAAUGAUCGGCAGGAAUUACAUCUGUAUUAUUUCUUCCUAUCUGAUACUUGGUCAUUUGAAAGAAGUGGGUGAAAUUAUUGAUCAGUGGAAGCAAUCGACGACCACAGAUGUUGAUAUGGUUGCCUGUAAAAAGAUUAUGGUUGGUUUUAGGAACAUUGGUUUGGUUGAAAUAGCCGACAACUUGAAUGAGAUUCUCAUUGAGAAUAAUCUCAGUCCGGAUAUGAUUAACUGAGGUUCUCUGAGCUUCAAUGUAAUGUAGAAUACAUAGAUUUCGGAUCAAUUUUGCAACUUUCAGAAGAGUGAAUGAAUAAUCCUGCUGGGUGAAUGAAAUGGAACUCUUGCAAUGCUUUGGUGGAUGC